GCCAAAAAUUCCCUGCUGCCUUUGAGCCCGAACAGGAGAGUGGAAAGGUGGCAAUACAGCCUUACAGGCAGCGCUGAGGGACGGAAUGAUCCUUUUCAUACAAUGCUGCUGCUGGGGCUCUCUGCCAAACACGGAAUGCACUGUCAACACAGAAACAUGGCUGCCUCUUCAACGGGCAAGGCGAGUAACAGUGAUAACGCUAAUGCCAGCAGUCUAAACUGUAACGAAGAAGCUCUGCCGCAGUCUCGGGAAAUGAUAAAACCCACCAUCGUGGAGCUGACCAAAGAAGUGAGGACGAACAUCCUAUGCACCGUGGAAGGAUGUGGCAAGAUUCUCCCCAACACACCUGCGUUGAACAUGCAUCUGGUUAAGUCGCACAGAAUAAAGGAUGGUAUUGUCAAUCCCACGGUCAGAAAGGACAUGAAGGGCUCUCAGAAGCUUUACUGCUGUCCUAUUGAGGGUUGUCCCAGAGGCCCUAACAGACCUUUCUCACAGUUCUCCCUGGUUAAGCAACACUUCAUGAAGAUGCAUGCAGAAAAGAAACAUAAGUGCUCCAAGUGCAACAAUGGCUACAGUACAGAGUGGGACUUAAAGAGGCACAUAGAAGACUGUGGAAAGACCUACCACUGUACAUGUGGCUGCCCCUAUGCUAGCAGGGCUGCUUUACUCUCACAUAUCUACAGGACGGGUCAUGAAAUUCCAACAGAGCACAGAAUUCCUCCAGUAAAAAAGAGAAAGAUGGAAAAACUGUUAAGUGGUUCUGAAAAGGUUAAGAUCAAUGAUUCAACCUUCCAGAUCAUCUCUGCUGCCACAGAGCAGACCGACACUUCUCUCCCUUCUGAUACAACCGUUACUAUCCCAGACUCCCGGAGGAGCCUGCAGAAGUUGCUUUUACCAAAACCCAAGAUGGCUUUGGUUAGUGUUCCUGUGAUGCAGGUGGCUCAUUUGCCUGUACUCCUUCCAUCUACAGAAAGUGGGGCUCUGAGGUCUGUAGUGCUUGCUGUAGAUAGCCAAGGUUCUGUUAGUGCCCUUCAGCUCCUUCCACAAGCCACAGGAGCAGUGGUACCCCAACUUGAUGCUAAAAGUUUGGGUUUCAAGGAUAGCAUGCCUACUUCCCGCUCUAGCCAGGGGCCUAUUAGCACAGGAGUGCAAGUUAAUCUGGAUCCAGUAGGUCCAGAGGAUUCAACUAUCAGCAUGGCAGCACAGCGAGGAAGGAGCACUUCCACCAACAUUCAGACAGACAAAUCGUACUUGUCAAAAAUGCCCACAGGAGUAGGGGUUGGGGAGGGACUAGGCUUGUGCUCUGCGGGUGAGUCCUCGGUGUCUUCUUGCUCCCAAACAGACAUCAGUGUCAGUGCCCAAGUCCUUUUGCCAGUCAGUGUUGAAACCCAAACUUUCUUCUCCCGAGCCAAAUCCACAUCAUCUAUUGGAGCUCAAACAGACAGCCAGUGCCUGAGCCAAAUUCCCUGCUCAUCCUCUUCUGUUGCUCCGUACAAAACCAGGCAGACACAGACAUACUUUGCCAUGCCACAAUCAGAGGAGAAGGCUCAGAACCAGGCUGUCAUGUGCUCAGACCUAUUUGGCAAUGACUCCCUCAGUGUGUCAACCCAAACAGCUUUGGACAUUGAUGACACCCUUUGUGCUGCAGGAAGCACUAUAUAUGAGGACUCAAAAUCAGAGGGUGGUAUGUGUUUUGGGGUGCAGACGCAUGAGCUGAGUGCAAACAACAUGGCAGACAACCAGACCCAAACAAUGACCUUGUUAAAUGACCUGGAAAACAUCCUGUCUGACAGUAUGUCAGGCCAUCAGGUGCUCACAGAGGCUUCUGCAGGCUGUGGGUCAAGUCUCAACUCUGUUCAAGAGCAACAUAACGGCAUCGACUUUGAUUUUGAAGAAUUCCUCAAUGCUGUGCACAUCCAGACACAGACCGAGGAGAGUGAGCUGGGAGGACUGGGUGGUGACACGCCAAUGGAGUCUCUAGACAUUCAGACACAGACAGACUUCCUACUGAUGGAUGAUCUGGACCAAAGUGAGGGACCAAGCCGAACCCAAGCCAGCGACUUGGAGCUAUUUGAUACUCAAACUCAGACUGACCUCAAUUUUCUGCUGAAUGCCGGAAGCCACAUGCCCCUGAGCAGCAUCUUGCGACAUUCAAGCUUUUCUAUGAGCACAGAGUCAUCAGACACAGAAACACAAACAGAUCUCCCUUCAUUUGCCACGAGUCUCUCUGCUCAGACUCCUGUCACUCAAGGAGAGAAUGCAAGACUGCUGAACAGCACAGAGACACAGACUGUGACUAGCCAAGCAGAAGGCCUAGGAAACCUGUUCCUGACCAGCAACGAAACCCAAACUGUCAUGGAUGACUUCCUGUCAGCAGACUUGGCGUGGAACAUGGAGUCCCAUUUCAGCUCUGUGGAAACCCAGACAUGUGAAGAACUUUGUGCUCUGUUUCAGCAUUCUGAGAAACCCAACAGCUGAAGCUUCCCAUGGCUUUGCAAUAAAGGUUUCUGAUAUCUGCCUCUUCCUUUAAGAGUAAAUGGUUUAUGCUGUCCUCUGGCAAAUCAAACCAUAGUCUUAGCAGCAAGAAGUCUGCAGAUAUGUUUUCAACCAUUCCACUGGGGGCAUAAUGUCCAGAGCCCUUCCUGGUGUCUAUCCUGACAGCAUUGCUGCACUUUAUUAGCUCAGUGGGCAUGACCCAUGAGCUCCCGUGACAGUUUACAUAUUUAUUUGCACAUAAGGUAACAUUGUACGUGUCUUGUCUAAAAUGCAAGCUUACUUGUAUAUUUCAGUGCGUAGCCGCUGUGACUGGUCACUGUUUGGUCUUAAGAAGUUGUAAAAAUACUUAACAUUACAUAAAGUUUAGCUCUGCACUUAAAAGGGAUGACAUCCAUACCUAUAUAUGGCUGUCAUGAAAGGCUUGUAAAAUUGCUACCUUGUAUGACAGCUUUCAAAUAUAGAUGUACUGCUGUAAAACAAUCUCAUCUCAGCUGUACAGUAUACAAUAUUGUACGCUUAGUUUACAUACGUAUGCAAUGCGCAUGAAGCCUUUAAGCAGCACAACAUAAAAUAUUGAUUCUGCACAUGUGCGUCUGAAUGCUGCAUCUUCAAUGUUACCUUGUCAGUGGCAACAAGACUAUAAACUCUGACAUUGCAGGCAGUUGAAAACAUGACAAGUGAGAUUUUUUUUUUCAAAAUAAAGGCUUUGCAUUGCUCAAAGCAAAAGAUGUGUUGUUGAAAUAUAACCUGGCACAAAGUAAAAAAAAAUGUUUGUCCCGUGUUGCGCACCUUGCAUUGAAAUGUGAUUGUGAAGUCUAAUGUUGUGUAAACACUUUUUGUGUCAAGGCCUCUAGUUAAGAGGUCGACUUAAGUCAGUAAGCAGGCUAGGCUGUCAUCGUCUUUAACUUAUUCAUUAGCUGGGUGUAAGUGUAUACAUUAGCAGUACACUGCUGAAGUGAUCCAGUAAUGUUACCGUACACAAAAACAGUGGAUUAGAGCUAGGAUUAGCACAGAUUAGCACAGUGUUUUGUUUUGUUCUUUUAACGGAAAGGACUUACAUUUUAGACCCAAUUUUCCACACUAAUUUUUUCAAAUCACUAAAUGUAACUUUUUUUUCCACCCCCAUUUUUCUUUUUUGUUAUACUGUGACCUCAGUUACCUCAUAGGCACCACAUAGAGACUGUUCUACCUGAGAACAUAGAGCUAUAGGCCUUGUUUAUUUUCCAUUUUUGUUGUGUUGGUGCCUUAACCCAAGUAUUAACUUGAGUUCUGUUACAGAUAAUUUGCUGCUUUAAAGUCAUGUUUAUACUAGAAUAUAUCGUGAUGAAUAAACAAUGAAAAAUAUCCGAAUCCUUUCAGUCUUUGUUUUGCAUGUUUUAUCUGUUUAGUAUUGGUGUUUUUAUCGUGAUUGCAUGCAAUGUGAGAAUGCAUCUCCUUCAUGUUUAUGGAAAGAUUUACGCUGUCACAUGAAAAUAUUCCUUUGCAGCAUUUGAUUGAAAAGAAUUACUUUGAUUCCAUCACAUCUUAAAUGAAUAGUGUUUAAUGUCAUUACACUUUAUGGAUGUUUAUUAAAUCUGAAGAAUGUACACAAUAAUGACACUGUGCCCAGACAUAUUAUGCUUUGGGUUCUUUUUGUUUUUUGUUUCUGUCACUAUUCCCAGUUGGUUUAUGGAUAAUUUCGCUAUUUUAGUAAGGUUUCACGCCUAUGAAGUCUGAACACAUUUUGUUUUGAAGCAGUAAUUCCAACUUGUAAUUCCUAAAUUCUAAUACAAUAUAGCUGUUUCCUUGCAGGUUUAGUGGAAUGGGGAAAAAUGCCUAUAUUUGAAUGGGUUAAAGCUAUGUCACUUUCAGGUGUCCGUUACAGUGCUUUACUUUCUCCUUGUAGGGAGUGCAUGCAGAUAUUUUUCCAGCACAAAAUAUUUGUUUUUGCAGAAUUGAUUUGAUUUUUCUGUUGCCUACAUGUGUCAACUUAAUGGCUGCCUUUAAUUAUUGUUCAAGAUAGAUUGUAGAUGUCGUUAAUAAACUGCUGGCAAGUGUU